GUCACCAGGCAUCAGGUCAUUUGGCUCGCCAGCGGGCACCGCGUCAUCUGGCAAGGCAGUGGGCACCGAGUCACCAGGCACGACAGUGGGCACCGGGUCAUCUGGCGCUGGAUCGUCUGGCUCGACAGCGGGCAUCGGAUCACCAGGCAUGACAGCGGGCACUGGGUCAUCAGGCAUUGGAUCGUCUGGCUCGACAGCGGGCAUCGGGUCACCAGGCAUGACAGCGGGCACUGGGUCAUCAGGCAUUGGAUUGUCUGGCUCGACAGCGGGUAUCGGGUCACCAGGUAUGACAGCGGGCACUGGGUCACCAGGCAUCAGGUCACUUGGCUCUCCAGCGGGCACCGCGUCAUCUGGCAAGGCAGUGGGCACCGAGUCACCAGGCACGACAGUGGGCUCUGA